AUGGAUACUGUUUCUCCUUCCCUCGCCCCUCUUUCCCGGGCAGCAGAACUUCUCCCGUGGCGGAGACAGUCGUCGUUUCUGCUCUCCGUAUCUCACUCCGAUGUCUCGCACAAGCAGCCCUCCGCAUUCCGCGGAGCUUGUCUCCGCGCAAUUAAGGGGUCCGGGGAAGGGGAGAAGGGGAAGCCAGGACCGCUAGUGCGGAAAAUAGAAGAGGAAGAAGAGGAGGACGAAGAGGAGGAGUGGGAUGAGGAGGAAGAGUGGGAGGAUGAAAUCGACGGUUUAGACGAAGACGAGGAGAAUUUAGAGGAGGGAGAGCAGGAAGGGGAGGAGGGAGCAGAGGAGGAUGAUGAGGACGAUGCUGUUAUACAGAUGGCUGCAGCUGAUUGGGAGAGAGCAGCAAUGGCGGUGGUGGUGGAGGCGAUUGAGAAGCAGGAGAAGGACGAGAGCUGGCGCAAGGGCUGGCGACGGCGACGGGAGGUCACUGAGGAGGCUGGGGCGGGGGAAGCAGCAGGGGAGGUGACGGAGCACGGGGGGGGAGAGGGUGCGUCAACUCAUCCAGCAGAUCACCCGUGCCCGUGCCUGAGAGGCCGACACGGCCAAGGGGGUCAGGCUGGGGCGGGGGAAGCAGCAGGGGAGGUGACGGAGCACGGGGGGGGAGAGGGUGCGUCAACUCAUCCAGCAGAUCACCCGUGCCCGUGCCUGAGAGGCCGACACGGCCAAGGGGGUCAGGCUGGGGCGGGGGAAGCAGCAGGGGAGGUGACGGAGCACGGGGGGGGAGAGGGUGCGUCAACUCAUCCAGCAGAUCACCCGUGCCCGUGCCUGAGAGGCCGACACGGCCAAGGGGGUCAGGCUGGGGCGGGGGAAGCAGCAGGGGAGGUGACGGAGCACGGGGGGGGAGAGGGUGCGUGCUGCGGUGGGGCAUUGGGGGAAGGGAGGAGAGGGGGAGGGCAGAUAGCGGCAUGGGGGUGUGAGGUUGCGGUGGGGCAUGGAGGCAUGGGAGGAGGAGGGGGCAAGCGGAUGGGGGGGUUAGGGGAACGUGAAGUUCUCUCAGAAAGUGUGCCUGAGAGUGCAAACACCGCCACGGGAGUCACGCUGGGUACCUCACCAAUAUCCCUCCCCACACUCCUCCCUCCAUUUCUCACCCCACCACCUCACUCACCCCUCUUCCACUCACCCCACCACCUCACUCACCCCUCUUCCACUCACCCCACCACCUCACUCACCCCUCUUCCACUCACCCCACCACCUCACUCACCCCUCUUCCACUCACCCCACCACCUCACUCACCCCUCUUCCACUCACCCCACCACCUCACUCACCCCUCUUCCACUCACCCCACCACCUCACUCACCCCUCUUCCACUCACCCCACCACCUCACUCACCCCUCUUCCACUCACCCCACCACCUCACUCACCCCUCUUCCACUCACCCCACCACCUCACUCACCCCUCUUCCACUCACCCCACCACCUCACUCACCCCUCUUCCACUCACCCCACCACCUCACUCACCCCUCUUCCACUCACCCCACCACCUCACUCACCCCUCUUCCACUCACCCCACCACCUCACUCACCCCUCUUCCACUCACCCCACCACCUCACUCACCUCUCUUCCACUCACCCCACCACCUCACUCACCCCUCUCCCGGUCCCCUCCUCUAACUCACCCCAGCGACCAGAAUUCUGCGGUCUGCAGGAGCCCCUUGGUGGGCGACUCGCACUUGUUCACUGCCAGGAACACUGGCUUGCUGCUUGCCACGUGGCACAGUCCCUCCCUCCCCCUCCUCUCCUCUCACUCACCCCAGCGACCAGAACUCGGCGGUUUGCAGGAGCCCCUUGGUGGGUGA